UUGAACACAAUUCACAUGUGUUAAGAUAUAUUAGGGUAUAAAUUAGUUUAAGUUACACUCUAAUCCACUUUAAUACAUACUCUAAUCUACUUUAAUAUACGUGGAUUGAGAUCAAUGCUAAAGUAUUCAAACUAGUUAUAAGUGUCCUAAUCGUAGUCUUGCUCUUUUUAUAUAAAAAAACUUUCUUAGAGUUAUUGGCCGCGCGCGCGCGCGUUGCCCCUUCUUGUUCCGCAAGUUGAAACCGCCGUCGUCGGGUUGGUUGCUGCCGAGCGAAUCCAAACCCAGCUCACUUUGGCUGUUUCUGGAAACGGACCCUGCUUCAACUCGAAACUCAUCCCCCCUCACCGGUUUACCCAGUUCGAAAUUUGAAACGCACGAAUAUUCCAGACACCAACCCGAGGGCACUCCCGUCAUUCCGCGGUCCCCCUGCUCCCGAAGCGAAUAUGCCCCACACGGAGACCACCCGGCCACGUGGGCACCUACCGCCCAGAGGAGGAGAUUCCUUCCAAGGAACCUCCACCGCGGAAUUACCGAAACGCCCCUGCGCUGUUCAACUAAUACUUCCCCUCCCCCCUGGCCUCGGCUCCCGUCCGUUCGUCCCCAAUUUCCCCUUCGCCUUUGUCUUCCCGCUCCCGUCCCGAAAUCCGCCCGCCGAUUAAGCUUGCUUGCCCUAGCAGAUCGAAGCACUAGCCCUAGCCCUAGCCGAGGAGCGCGCCCAUGGCCGCCGCGGUCGUGGGCUGAGGGGCCGCGGCUCUUUGCAUGGGGUGAGGAAGCGGCGUCCCGAGGCGCGGGAAUGGACCCUAGCCUGAAGGAGGAGGUGAUGAAGGCGGUGGAGGAGGCGAGGUCCGCGUCGGUGCCGCGGUGCCGGGUGGUGCGCAUCAUCGUGCACGACGAGGACGCCACCGACUCGUCCUCCAGCGAGGACGAGGACGAGGACGAGGCGGGGGAGCGCGCCUCGCCGCAUCCGGGCUCGCCGUCGGCGUCGGCGUCGGCGGGGAGCGUGAAGCGCAGCCGCGUGCUGCUCCAGUCCGCCGGGUGCGGCGCGGAGGAGGACGAGGAGGAGGAGGAGGGGGAGGGGGCGAGGUUCACGGGCGUGCGGCGGCGCCCGUGGGGCCGGUGGGCGGCGGAGAUUCGCGACCCGAUGCUCCGCCGCCGCGUCUGGCUCGGUACCUUCGACACCGCCGAGGAGGCCGCCGCGGCCUACGUCGCCGCGCGCCUCCGCAUCCGCGGGCCCAAGGCGUCCGGGAGCAACCUGCUCCCGUCCGGUGCUCACGCCGCCGGCUCGCUCCCUCCGCCCGCGCACCGCCCGCCCCUGCCCCCCCGCCCCCCGCCACCGCCUCAGCGGGAGAAGCAGCAGUGCCCGCCACCGCCUCUGCUCCCGCCGAAGAAGCAGCAGUACCCGCCACCGCCUCUGCUCCCGCCGAAGAAGCAGCUGUACCCGCCACCGCUUCCCCUCCCGCCGAAGAAGCAGCAGCACCAUCACCCGCCACCGCCUCUGCCCACACUUCCGCCGAAGAAGCGGCUGGCGUCACCGCCUCUGCUGCCCGGAAGCGAGAAGCAGUGGGUCAUCUCCUCCCCGUCGGAGCCGCGGUUCGUCCCGCUGCCGGUGUGGGCUCUGAUGUCCGGCUCCGGGAAGCGCAAGAAGCGGUCAGGCUGCGGCGGGCGCGUCCCCGCCCUCCACACCCCAGCCGCCGCCGAGGAGACAGGGCGCGCCUGAGAGGCCGAGACGAUAGACGACACCAUCCCUGCUACUGGUAUCCAUCCCCUGCUCCUUGAUCAUGCCAAUCUGAUGACCGCUCGGUCGAUCGAUGCUAAUGUGAAGAGCCUGUAACCUCUCUGUCUCUCUCUCUCUCUCUCUCUCUCUGAUUCAUGCAACUGAUGAUUUGUGUACAUAUGCUGCUGGUGCUGGAGCCGCAGCAGGUGAUGAACUGAUCUGUGAAACCUGAUGAACUAUUCAUGUGUAAUAAAUAAGUAUCUGUUGACAUUUUUCGACCCGAACAAAACAAGGUUGUUGUUGGCUUGUUGCUGUGGA